CCAUCUCAAUCCGAAUAUUUGAACAAUAAUGAUAAAUUAAGAUAAAGGUGCGGAGGUAAUAAAGAAGAAAUCUGUUCAUGAUUAAGGUAGGAUUCACUUUGGUGGUGGAAUAAAUAAAUAAUCUGUGACUCUGUGUUCUACUUUUUUAAUACAGCAAAAAGAAAAGAAAAGGAAAAAUGAUCAUGGAACCAGUUGACCAGAUUUGCAUGCUGUUGUCCCAAAUUGGAGUGGUUCUUCUCUAGGAUCUGUAAUUGUGUGAUUCUCUUUCUCUCUCUCUCUCUUUGUGUUUGUGAAGUCACAAAUGGAGUCAGUUAAUGGCACUGGUUUAACUACUAGUUGCUAACUUUGUUUAUUUACACCAUAAACACACCAACCUUCUCAUUCAUUCAUUCAUUCAUUGUGUGUUGAUGUGUUGAGUCCUAUUCUGAUUCUAAAAACAUACAUUAUCCAAAGCUAGAAAAUUCCACUCCUUUUUAGAAAAAAAGGAGAUGCCAAAUUCAGUUUAGGCCAUUGCUCUUCAACAAAUACCAUUCCCUUUCUUCUUGUUGCCUAAAACCUUGUAGCCCCUGCAACCUUCUAACUCAUCUCUCUUUUUCUAUCUAUGUUGCUCAGAGCCUGCAAAAAAAAAAAAUUACAAAAUAGCAAAAUGAAGUUCCUUCACUCAAAGGAUCACACCACGUGUUUGUGUUUAUUCAAAGUUCUGAACUUGAGAUAAAGGGGUUGAAACUUGAAACCAAAGAGCCUGUAAUUGAUCAGAGAUGCGUGGGCUCAAGCUUACCGAGCGUUUCAAGAGCAUUCAAGUUCAUGCUCUCAGUUCUACUUCAUCUGAAACAAACGGUGGCAAUGGCAACAAAGGCUCGGAAACAAUAUGUGGUAAUAGCAGCAAGACCAAACCUCGGAACAACCUUAACAGGAACCGAAGCUUAAUACCAUCAUGGUCAAAAACCAAAUCCAGCACCAACAACAACUCAACCUCAGUAUUUGCAAACCUGAUCCCUCUUCACCUCCCUUCCACCGACACCAUUGAACCAUCCCUGGAACCUUACUUUAAGCCCAUCAAUCUUGUAGAGACCUUAUCAGAGUUCUAUCAGCGCAUGGAGUUUUGUUCACAGUCCAACAAAGCCGUAAUGUGUGUGGAACAGUGGUCUCUUUUGCGCGGCCUUGGUGAUCAGAAAAUACUUAGAAGAUGUCUCAGGACAGCAUGCCAAAAUGCUGAGGAUGUGCUCUCCAAGGCUGUGUUGUCUGCAUGGUUGAGGUUUGAGAGGAGGGAUGAUGAGCUUGUUGGUCUGUGUUCAAUGGAUUGUGGUGGUUAUGUUCUUGAGUGUCCAAAGAAGAAUUUGGAACCCGGAUUUCGCCCCUGUUCGGUUAAUGAUCACUGCCAGUGUCAACAAGAGCUAAUUAAGGAAACCUGUACUGAGGGUGUGUGUGAGUCAGAUGAGGAAAGUGAUAUUCUGUUUUGUGUUGGGAGUGAAGAAAUCAGUUGUGUCAGGUGCAGAAUUGCUGCUCUUUCAUACCCUUUUAAUGCUAUGCUCUAUGGUGGCUUUGCUGAGUCCAAAAUGAGCAAGAUUGAUUUCUCGGGAAAUGGGAUAUGUCCAAAGGGAAUGAGGGCUGUGGAGUUCUACAGCAGGACCAAAAGAUUGGACCUUUUCUGCCCAAUGACAGUUUUGGAGCUUCUGUCCUUUGCCAAUAGAUUUUGUUGUGAGGAGAUGAGUUCUGCCUGUGAUGCCCAUUUGGCUUCAAUUGUGGUGAAUGUUGAAGAUGCAUUGAUGCUUAUUGAGUAUGGAUUGGAAGAGAGAGCCACCCUUCUUGUAGUGGCUUGCUUACAAGUGUUUCUCAGGGAGCUUCCAAAUUCUCUGCAUAAUCCAAAGGUGGCAAAAAUACUGUGCAGCUGUGAGGCACAAGAAAGGUUAGCCAGUGUGGGGUGUGCCUCUUUCUUGUUAUACUACUUCCUGAGUCAAGUGGCUAUGGAGGAAAGCAUGGUGUCUAAAACAACAUUGAUGUUGCUGGAGAGAAUGGGAGAGUGUGCCACAGAAAAAUGGCAGACAGCCAUCGCAUUCCACCAAUUGGGGUGUGUGUUGGUUGAAAGGAAAGAAUACAAAGAGGCUCAGAACUGUUUUGAGGUAGCAGUUCAGGAGGGUCAUGUUUAUUCAUUGGCUGGGGUGGCCAGAACUAAGUACAAGCAGGGUCAACCAUAUUCAGCCUAUAAGUUAAUCAGUUCUCUCAUAUUUGAGCAUAAACCAGCUGGGUGGAUGUAUCAAGAGCGUGCACUAUACAAUAUGGGAAAGGAGAAGAGUUUUGACUUAGAUGUUGCAACUGAAUUGGAUCCUUCCCUUUCAUUUCCAUACAAAUAUAGAGCACUAGCAAAGGUGGAGGAGAAGCAUAUAGAGGAAGGGAUUGCAGAGCUAAAUAGGUUUAUUGGAUUUAAACUCUCCCCUGAUUGCUUAGAAUUGAGAGCGUGGUUGAAUGUUGCACUUGAGGAUUAUGACAGUGCCAUGAGAGAUAUUCGGGCAAUGCUAACCAUUGAACCGAAUUAUGUAACUUCACAUGGGAAGAUCAAAGGAGAAUACUUGCUCCAACUCGUAAACCGUGGAGUUCAGCAGAAGAGUCAGGCUGAUUGCUGGAUGCAGCUAUACCAGCAAUGGUCUUGUGUAGAUGAUAUUGGUUCUUUGGCUAUUAUACAUCAGAUGCUAGAGAAUGAGCCUGGUAAGAGCCUUCUAGAGUUUCGUCAGUCUCUACUCCUAUUGAGAUUAAACUGUCAAAAGGCUGCAAUGCACAGCUUGCGGUUGGCCAGAAACCACUCUAGCUCAAUGCAAGAGAGGCUAAUUUAUGAAGGAUGGAUCCUAUAUGACACUGGCUAUCGCGAAGAAGCUUUGGCGAGAGCUGACAGAUCCAUUGCAAUUCAGCGAUCAUUUGAAGCUUUUUUUCUAAAAGCAUAUGUGAUGGCAGAUACAACUCUGGAUCCUGAAUCUUCUUCCUUUGUUAUUCAGCUUCUAAAAGAAGCACUUAAAUGUCCUUCAGACGGUCUUCGCAAAGGACAAGCAUGGAAUAACUUGGGGAGUAUUUAUGUGGAUUGUGGUAAGCUUGAGCUUGCAAAAGAAUGCUACAAGAAUGCACUUGCAAUUAGGCACACAAGAGCUCAUCAAGGUCUAGCACGCGUUUAUCAUCAGAAAAAUCAAAGAAAAGCUGCAUAUGAUGAGAUGACCAGGCUAAUUGAGAAGGCAGAGAGCAAUGCCUCAGCAUAUGAGAAAAGAUCAGAAUACUGUGACCGCGAGAUGGCAAAGGUUGAUCUUGAUGUUGCAACUCAACUUGAUCCUUUAAGAACCUAUCCAUAUAGAUACAGAGCAGCAGUGAUGAUGGAUGAGCAAAAAGAAACUGAAGCUGUAGAAGAACUCACCAAGGCCAUCAAAUUCAAACCUGAUAUGCAAAUGCUUCACCUAAGAGCAGCAUUUUAUGAGUCAAUGGGGGACCUAUCAUCUGCUCUACAAGAUUGUCAGGCUUCUCUUUGCUUAGACCCAAACCAUGCAGGCACACUUGAUCUAUAUCGAAGGAUACGAAAGUUGAACUUCUAAUCUUUGAGUGUAUGAACAUCAGAAAGAUAAAAUGUGCAGGUCUUAUUACACAACUGAUGGGGAAUGGAGAAUUUCCAAAUGACUGAUAUUUACCAUCAGAAAUCUCGGAACAAUCAUCUUACAAUAAAGAUAGAAAGGAACGGAUGGUAUGGAUUGUGGAAACAAAAGCAAGAACCGAUACAUUUUGAAUGGAUGGAGAAAAAGAUGGACAAGUGACACUAAGUUAUUAUGUGUUAUAUUAUCGAAUAGGGAGGAUGAUUCAGGUGUAAAUCACAGGAAUUUCAGAAUAGUAAAUGCAUUGAUUUGAUAUGUAUCUCUGUGAGCCAUAUUUAUAGAAUUUGUCUCACUAUUUAAGCAUCCUCUUGUACAGUUACAGAGUUAUAAAGAGCUUCAGUCCACUUGUUUCCUGCCUUUUUCUUAAA